GAGUAAAUGUGGUGGGGUCGAGCCCACAGUCAGGAAUGAUGGGUAGACUCCUCACUCCGCAGGCCCGACUAGCACAGGCAGCGCGAAUAAGAAGUCGGGCUAAGGCCAGUGCCAGCCAAGAACCUCCAAGAAGGGAGCCCGAACCGGGAAAAAGGAAAGAGGCUGUGGAGGUAAAGGAUGACGAUGAUGAAGAGGAAGAAGAUGAGAAGCUGCGUCGAGAAGAGGAUCAGAGGGCGGAGCAGCGGGCAAGGAAAAAGGGGACCAGGGGAGAGGGCGAACCGGUCAUACACGACGGACCGCCCAAAAAGAAGAAAUACGCGGUUCGGUUGGAAGAAGGUUUUGACGUAGAGAAAGUGAUUGACCGGCUGCUGGAAGGGGAUAAUGAUAUCAUGACCCUGAAGGAAAUCCUAGCGUCGGCCCCGCGACUCCGCGAUGAACUGAAGGGGAGAUUGUCGAGGCGCUUGGUGCCCAAUAUCCAUCUGGGUACGAUCCUACCCAAGGAGGCUGAGUGGGCAGAGUCGGGUACAAAAAUGGACUGGAAGUGCGUGGCUUGCGCCACGGUGGAUUUAGUGGUGAAAGGCUCCAAGUAUGCAGCAAUGGUGGACACCGGGGCGGAAAUGAACAUCAUCCGGGAGGCGGAUGCUAUCAGAUUCAGGCUAGACAUAGACCGAUCUGACUGCGGACCAUGUCAUAUCAACAAAGGGAAUGAAGGGGAGUUGAUUAUAGGGGAGUCCGAAUUCCUACUGCCUCAGGAGCGGACAUUGAUGGUGGAGUUGAUGAAGAGGAGGCACAAUGCCUAUGCGUUUAGUGAUGAGGAGCGUGGCAGGCUGGAUGUGGACAAAAUACCUAUGAUCCGCAUCCAUACCGUGCCGCACGAGCCUUGGAACAUGCGAGGGGCGCGAUAUCCUAAUCCUGACGAGGAGAAGAAGGUGGUGGAUUACCUCGACGACAAGAUACGUACGCACGUCGCCGACUAUUCGAGUGGGCCGUAUGCGUCCCCGUGGUUCUGCUUUAUCAAACCUACCGGGACGCUACGUCUGGUGGAAGACAUAAGAACGAUCGAGGAAGGACCAGGCCAUGUAGAACGGCAUGAGGAUUUGAUGGGAGGAAUGUAUCUCCUCGUCAACACGCUAUUGCAUGAAAGCCUCGACCAGUCAGGCUCGUUGAACCCAGCAGGGAAUGGGGACGAAGUACCCGAGAGCCAGGACGACGAGUUCGAGGAGGGUGAGAUUAAGGAGGCCUUUCGCGUAGAGGAAUAUGAUGGGAUCUACAUGGAGCUGGGGCUUCUCCUGUCUUGCGAGAUGCGGCUAAGGGAUGCAAGUGAUAGGGCUCAGAGGAUGCUGCAGCGCUACUUAGUUCCGGAUGGCCAUCUUUUCGUAAGAAGAGAAGUGGGGAAUCCCAGGAGGGUCGUCUGUGGUAGGAACCGCCAGAUUGACGUCGUAGCGGCACUUCAUGAUGGCAUUGCUGGAGGGCAUCGAAGGAUACAAGCCACGUAUGCCAAGAUAAGUGAGUUGUACUACUGGGAUGGGAUGAUGGACAUGGUUGGGAAAUUCUGUCGAUCCUGUGUACCCUAUCAAGAGAGAUCUUGUUUGAGGCAAAGAGAGCCGCUGCAUCCAAGGCUAGAGCGAGAGAUAGGGGUUGUAGUGCAUGUCGAUUUACUUUUCAUGUCGCUUGGGGAUCGGGGCUAUAACUACAUCUUCGAUGCGCGCGAUAACUUGUCUGGCUUCGUAGACGGACGUGUCAUUCGUACCAAGACUGGUUCAGUCUUGGUUAGCUGCAUCGGGGAGUACUACCUGCAUUAUCCUUUCGUCAGGGAGUUCGUAAUGGACAGGGGAUCAGAAUUUACUUGCCAGGAGGUGCAGGAGUUGUUAUCAAGGCAGAGGGACCCUGAGCCAAGGGAGGCGAGACCGUCUCGAGGAGGACGAAAGGCCCUAGCUAGGAGGGAGGAGGAGCCAGAGCCAGAGGCUGAGGAGCGAGGCGCGUACCCUGAGUGUGGGUUGGGACCAGUGGAGUUUCAUCGGUUUGCCGAGGGUGGAUUGAGGAGGUCGCCAGUACGCACACAGGGGGAGCCGCCAGCAUCUGAGGAGCAUUUGAGGAAGUUGGAGGCGCAUUUGGAUAUCUCUCAGUGGAGAGCGUCGCCUUGGGGUGAGGAGCAUGGAGAGCCGGCAAAGGAGGCGCCGCGUGAGGAGGUGCCACGUGAGGAGGUGCCACGAGAGGGGAUGCCACGAGAGGAGGUCCGGGAUACUCAGCGAGAGAGAGGACUAGGCGAUGAGGGGAGACGUGCAGGGAAGGAAGUGAUAGAGGUUGGAGAGGACACGCCCCCUCAGACGCCAGCGACCUGGAGGAGCCAGCACCUGCAGAGCCGCGCCAGGAGCCAUGCCAGCCCUUUGAAGGAGAUGGAGGCAGAGAUCCCGAAGAGGGUUGACCUCCACAUGAGGGAAAGGGCGCCACCUGGAGAGACAGCAGAGGAAAAGAGGGCGAGAAGAACCAGGAGGAUAGACGAGAUAUGGCAAGAGAGGCAGAGGUUGGAGGCGGUGGGAGAGCUUCCGGAGCAGCAGGAGGAGAGGCAGAGGUCGGAGGCAGCAGGAGCACUCCCAUGUAAGCCACCCAGCGCGCCAGCUAAGGCCCCGGAGAUCCCUGAGAUGUGGAGGGACUUCUGGGAGCAGAGAGGAGAGGAGCUUCCUUCGCCAGUCAGAGCUGGGUUUGGGGUGGCAAGGAAGGCGGAAGAAAGGUUGGAUCGAAAAAUCAAGUUCCUGGCCAAGGCAACUUUUGACCGGCACUUGCUAUUGGAGAGCGAUCUGGCAGGAAAGAAGAUAAAGGAAGCCGGCCAUGGAGUACGCCUGGAGGCUAUGGAGGUGGAAAUCCAGGAACUCAGGGCAUUGGUGGCCAGCCAGGCAGCUAUCAUUGAGAGCCUGAGGCAGCGAUCUCAGGGAGGGGCGGACAAGCCAGAGAGCAGCCGGCAGGGAGAGCAGAGGCAGCCAGGACAUGGUUUGCCCGGACAGCCAUCUGUAGCAGAGACUCGCCAGGAGCCACCUAUGGGGAGAGUUAUCCUGGAGCCAGAGGAGGCGAGAGCCCAGAGGGAGGCAGAGAGAGAGGCCUUCGAGUUCAGAGCCCCUACUGAGCUCGCGACGCUACCUAUAGCAGCGGGGGGCCCAGUCAUACCUUUGGCAAUUAAGGAGGGGCGACCACCAUCCAGCAGUGAGCCAGCUCAGGGCUCGGCAAAGGGAUCUAUGGACGUGCUCAUUGAGGCAGUGCACUCGAUGCAGGAGGAGGCGAGUUUGUUUUCGCCUGAGCAGAGGAUAAAGGAGCCUCUCGAGAGAGAGAUGGGGAUUGAGGCUGAGGGUGUCAUCGAGGGCGGGCUCCAGAGGUUGGGCACGCCCGAGUAUGGGUCAGGGGGGAUUGAGGACCGACCUGGACCGAGUACCCAGGAAGUGGAGACACGAGAGGAGCCCUUGGAUAUGCCUCAGAGCCAUGAGUUGAGGAGGGAGGUCAGCGAAGCACCAUCAUCGCCAGGGUCUCAGAGGGGAAAGAAGAGGCCCAGAAAGUGGUUCGAUACGUCCUGCUUCUUCUGUACAAAGGAGGGGCAUCGAGCCUUGCAAUGUCCUAAGUUCUUAAAGGACAAGGCUGAAGGGAAGGUUAAAGAGGAAGGAGGCAGGAUGUAUGAUAGAGAGGGCAGAAGAGUAGAGAGAUCUGCAGAUGGGGGUAGGGCUCAACUAUAUAGGCAAAACCAGGAGGAGAUGAGCGACCAGGACUGAGUUUUCCUAUAUGGUUGACAUGUUGUGUAUAGGAUAAGAGAUAGGAUUGGAUGACAUUUUGUAG